AUCCUUCGAAAACCAUAACAAACCAGGAAAAAAGCGAGUUGGUGGCUACUGCUAGCAUACUAGCAGUGUUUUUCAUAGUUCUGCAUUUAUACACACCGAUUACGGCGGCUAGGCUCAAAAAAGGAAAACGUAACCUCAAGUGUGACAUCGUGCACACGUAAAGUUGUGUUCCCCCUGGUAGCUCCGUGUCGGUACAACAAGGAAAAAAACCUAGAAUUCACACUAGAGUACGUGUGGGGUAAUUAACAUGACGUAUCUGUAGGAAGGCAGGGGUGACAAAAACUAGUUCGAUCGUCAGACAAGCGAAAGAAGCAUCGUGUUAGCUUUACUUCGCGCUUAUUAGACAGCGGUUGUCAAUUUUGGAGGUGUCUCCAGUCGGGGCAAGCGUUCCACAGGAUGGACAAGUCGGCCACAUCUCAUGGGCCUCCGCCCGGGCCUAAGGUAUCCCAGAUAGCAAAUCUAUUCCAGCGAAAGCCAGUGGAGCUAACGCAUCAGGAGCCACCGAAGGAGCUCGCUGGUCAGCCCUCCCCAACGGCAACAGUGGUGCGAACCGAAUCACACGCAGCUCGUUUCAAUAACGCACGUGCACUGUUCGAAAAGCUCGGCGAAGGACGGGUCAACAGGCCGCCACCGUUUAGUAUUAAGAUGUCACAUUCCAGCAGCAAGGAGGACAACCUCUCGGAGGUCGGCUCCGAGCAGGAUCGAUCUCCUUCUCCGAAGCGAAGACACCAUCCGAUAAGCAACGGUAUCGGGAAGGUGGAUUCCAACAGGAUACUGAAUCAAUCUCGGCUGAAGUCCGAGAAGCCAGAGAAACCGGAGAAACCAGAACGAAAGUUCAACUCGAGGGAACUGAUUGAGAAGCAGAAAAACUGGACGUCACAUUUCUCCAAGACACGGACAUCGAAGGGGAGCAGCGAUUUUAAUCGAUGUGACAUUAUCCGAACAGUGCCCGGUACCGGGAUUAUGGGCGGAACUGGAGCUAGCGCAAAUGGUGGUAGCGUUUCCACAGUCACCACGAUCACCACAAAUGGCAACACAUGCCAUGUGCAAUCAUCCAAAGAAUUCGGCAGCCAGCGUGGUGCAACAGAGAUGCAACACGCCCCUGCUGCUCCGGCUAUUACUUCACACAGGCUUCCGUCGCCAACCGAGCCUCCUCCUAGUCCUCCGAAAAGACACACACCGCCUCCCCCUCCCCCGGAGAAGGGACCACGCAACAUUCGCCAGGGAUCAUUCCCUUCGCCAACCAAAAUUCCUCCGGCAGUUCCUCCUCACGCAACCGAUCCUGCCUCACUCAGUCCCACGAAGAUCAGCCCCGAGAAGCUGAAAUCACCUCCCCGGCAGGCUGAACCUCCACCAUCGGUACCAGCCGCCUUGCCGCCGGUGGCCCCGGUUCGGAACAAAUCUGACGAACCUCCCGAGAAAGGCGUCCGGAAGAAAUCACUCGAAACCACGCUGGAUGAGCCGCCAGUGGUGAGCAAAGCGUUCAAAUAUCCCGAACUGGGAGGGCUCCGGAGGCAAUCGACGGAAAAGGAUAGCGGUACCAGUGGCCUAACGUCACCAGCUCACGCCAUCAGCUCCUCGCCGAGCCCGGGAGCGAGUGCUUCCUCCGGACCAUCUUCUCCGAUUCACACCGAAGACGAGAAGCAGGAAAAUGAAUCCACGGAGAAGGCCGACUGCUGUACCAAGCUGGACGAGGACGAGGGCGUUGCGGCGGAGGAAAAAAUCGGAAAAUCCUCCCGUUCCGAUGACAACGACGACCAGCACGUUACCCGGCGGAAGAAAGUUUCGAGCAUCUGCUUCCAGUUGCCGGCCGCUGGUCUCGGUGCUCGUCCGCCCAGCAUCAUCAGCAGCAGCACCACCACCGACGAGGGUGGCUUCAAUGAGCCUUCACCCGAGAUUAAAGCAAAGCUAAAACCGGCGUACGAUUUCGAUACCGUCGCUCCGGCGCUUCCAGCAUCUCCACCCCGGCGGUCGCAGUCGGUUAGCGCAGCUAUUAAGGGAGGAAACUUGGACGGGGAGCCCAUCUCGAGUGACGCUGGGACAGAAUUGCUGGCUGGAGACGGUGACGAGGAGGAAGCGCAGCUCAACUACGUCGAUCUCGGGUACCGAUUGCGUCCGGAUGGGACCGAGUGCGACGAAAUUUACGGCGAGGUCGAUGUCUAUCAAAGUGCCAACAGCAGCAGUAUUAGCACCAAUAAUCAAUCAGAGUUAGGCUUAAACCACGGAUCCAAAGUGGAUAGUAGGAAUGCAAUAAACAAUAUGCGAUCUCAGUACACUACUCCGAACAACAAUCAGGGCCCUAUAGCUCCCACUGAUCAGGGCAUCGAUCUGCCACCAACGGAAGUAGUCGAUCGGGUGCUGUACGCAUCGAUCGUACCGACUGCCUCCGGCGAUUCAUCUUCAACUAUCACAAGCAGCGAGUUGGCCUUUAUGGAUGUGGAGAAGGAUGAGGCCAAAAUACUGGACUACGACGAGCUGAGUGAGGGCGAAAAAGGCUACCACAGUCCACAGACCAUCCUGGAUCCGACGCGGGCUACCUUGACGGAAUAUGAGGACGAUUACAGCAACAAAACGCUACCGGAUCCACCCUCGCUGGCAUCUAUGCGACCCCCACCCAUUCCCGAGGGACCACCGCUCGAUUUGCAGGAUGUGCAGUAUGCGGAUGCAAGCGACAACGAACACGACAGCCUUGUCCUGCCAGAUGAAAUGACCGCAGACGAGGCUGAGCGACUGUUGAGCUCCAGUAUUUUGGAGUACAACAUAAGACAGCAACCACUUCUCUCGGACGAGCAAGCUCGCGAAGUGGAGCAAAUUCUGCUCAACAACAAAGCCAAAGCAGAAGCUGAACUUUUACAGCAACAGCAGCAGCAGCAGCAGCAGCAACAGCUACUGCUACUUCAACAGCAGCAGCAGCCUCCACCAGCUAGAGAGGACUCGCCCGAACCCUCUCCUCCGGCAGCAGAUGCAUCAGCAGCCGCAGCGGCAGCUCCAGCACUGGAGCCAUCAUCUUCGGCCACCGACGAACCGGACUGGUUGAAGGACGUCCUCGAAGCACCAAAAACUGCCAAUUGUAGGGAUAAACCACCACCACCUCCUCCACCGCAUGCACCUUCAAACCACCAUCCGAACGGCGGCACGGCAUUGGAACCUCCGGCCCCACCGAGCCGCAACAAUUCCACUAGUCAGUUCGAGGAAACUAGCCUCGGCAACAACACUACCGAUUUGCUUAACCAAACCAUUCUGGACUCGUCGUCGAUCCUGCAGGAUUCCUACGUCUCGGCAGACUCGAUGCCGAGUGUAACCACCUCGGAGAGCUUGAAUCUGAGCAAACAGGAGGAACAGCAAGCGAUCGACGCCGAAGCGGAUGUGUCCGCGGACGAGAGCAAUAAUUCUGGAUUUUACAUUCCCGAAUAUCCACCAGUGAAGAGCAAGGAGGUGUACGUUAACCAGGAUGGGGUGCAUUUCUUCGAGGAUGGCAACUUCUGGAUGGAAGUCCCGGGUCUGCUAGACUCGGACAGGGAUGAUGACGAAGAUGAUUGUAGGAUCAUCAAGAAAAACACCAAGGUGAAGUUCAGCACCAACCCAAUGCAAGUGUUUUCCACCUUUUCGGUUAAUGAUUAUGACCGGCGGAAUGAGGACGUGGACCCGGUUGCUGCGUCCGCCGAAUACGAACUGGAGAAGCGAGUGGAGAAGAUGGAUGUUUUCCCGGUGGAGUUGAUGAAGGGCCCCGAAGGGUUGGGGCUGAGUAUCAUUGGAAUGGGUGUUGGUGCUGAUGCGGGUCUCGAGAAGCUUGGCAUCUUCGUCAAAACUAUAACCGAUAAUGGUGCAGCUGCCCGCGAUGGGAGAAUACAGGUGAACGAUCAAAUCAUCGAAGUCGAUGGCAAAAGUCUAGUCGGUGUUACCCAAGCCUAUGCCGCCUCGGUGCUGCGUAACACAUCCGGUCUGGUGCGUUUCCAGAUAGGACGCGAGCGUGAUCCGGAAAACUCCGAGGUGGCACAACUGAUUCGGCAGAGUUUGCAGGCCGACCGGGAAAAGGAGGAACGCGUUAAGCGCCAGCUGGAGGAUUACUUGCGGCGGAACACGGAAAUUUCCGAAGACUCCACACUGCCCGUUUCGGCCAACUCGAGCGUGUCGGAGGGACCCGUCAGCCCGACCGCCGUCACGGCCGAGUCGUUGUUCGAGACGGAGGCGGCCCGGUCCAGCGAUGUGGAGUCGCUGCGACGGAUUCUGCAGGAGAAUCUAAAAACCAUCGCACUGCAUGAGGGCGAUAUCCUUAAUCUCAAGCAACAGCUCAUCAAGUACCAGCAAAGUUGCAAUGAGGCAGAACUAUUGGCGGAGCGGAUGAAGCACACCGAACGGGAAUUGGCCAACAUCAAGAAGGAAGCCAACAACUACCAGAACAUGCUGCAGCAGAGCCAGGCGCAGUACGCCUCGAUGGAGAAAAAGUACAGUCGGGUAAAGAAGAUACUACGCGAGUAUCAACACCGAGAGAGGGAUAUGAUCCAAUUCCAAGAGUACUACCUCCAGCAUCUGCAGGAAAAAGACACAGAGUACAAUGCGUUGGUGAAGAAGCUAAAAGACCGUGUGAUCCACCUGGAACAAGAGCUGCAAGAAACCCAGCGGAAGGCUGGCUUUCCAGUGAUACUGCCAUACGAUAGUACCAGCCUCAAGCUGACGCCUCAAAUGAGCCGCAAGCAACCUCCCAAGCCGGUGUUCCAGAAGCUGGAAACCGAACUAUCCGAUACGGAGUUUUCCGAUUUAUCACCCGAUGGGGAAGGCGAGGACGGGAAGACAGCAACCGUCGAGAGGAAGUUACCGGCCCAGAAGGACGAUGAGUUGGACACUGCGAUUCCGCAGCACGAGCUAUUGGAUAACUCGCUGAACAAGGGCAAAAGUGAUCUGGCAGCGAGGGGAGGACUGUCCAAGCGGAAUUUGCCUGGAAAGAAGAGUCACAGUAACAGUGGAUCCGACUGUGCGUUGGAUGAGAGCGAGGAGGAAAUUACCGAUUCCACAUCGGUAUCGCAUGAAUACAGCGGUCUAUACAGCACCCCUCAGAUCCUCAACAGGCAGAUGAAUAGCAUCAAGAAUGGCCAGGAGAACUCCGGCCUCCCAGUGUAUGCUCAGGUAAACAAAGAUCGUGGCGAUUCUCACCAUGGUAUCGGUCAGAUACAACAUAGCACCAUACCGAACAUCUAUCGAAACCCACCGUCGGAAAACAACAAACUUAACUCGAGCUAUGGUUCCGAUCUGAAUGCUUCCUCGUACGAUAGCGACCUCGGGUCGUCCACGGACAAGCUCAAGGAUAGUGGCGUAUCCAGCGAAAGUUGGAUGUAUCCGUCGAGAAGGCCCAAAGGGCUGAAAGGUAUAACACCACCACUGCUGGCAGAACAGCUCAAGGAACGACUAGCGGAGAGACGAAAUCUGGACGAUGGAUCUUCUCGCGAUUCCAGCGACGAUUAUUCGGAAAUCAAUCAACGACAUAUGAGUCCAGCAGCAUCGCUGUCACAAAAUCUGCUCGUUGAAAUUAAGAAGGCCGUCAACGAGGCACAACCCAAAGUGAAAAACAUUCUUCCACAAAAUCUAUCUCCUCCAGGAAGUAGCAGCCCGUGGCAGCAGCAGCAACCGGGAAGCCAACAAGGCACCGGAUCGCAAGGCCCUCCGUCACCGUCAAGUGUAUCCAGUGGAUCUACCUCACCGGGGGCGUACUCGCCGAGCCGAACGCUCGAUCUGUCCGGAUCCACAUCGAGCUUCUCGAGCGACCGGAUUCGGGACUCGCACCAGUGGAAAAAUGGACCCGUUGAGGAGUGGUCGAACGAGCAGGUCUGCCAGUGGCUGCUCGGGAUCGGCCUGGAGCACCACAUCCCCGCCUUCGUGAGGCACUCGGUUGAGGGCGGUGCACUGUUGCAGCUGGACAAGCCCGACUUCAAGAUCCUGGCCGUGGGCGGCGAGGACAAGAAGCAUCUCAAACGAAACAUCAAGGAACUCCGACGGCUGAACGAGAAGGAGCGCAAACAAAACGAGAAGGAUCGACGCGAGCGGGAGAAACUGAUCAAGAAGGCUGAGAAGAAGGCCGAGAAGGAUCAGAAGAAGAAGAAGUAACGACUUUAGCCAAAAAAAAAAACGAUGGGGCGUAAUGAUUGUUUUAAUAUGCAUUUAAACUGUGAGUAGCUGUGUGUAAAUAAUACAAACAAAAUUCAUACAUCUUAGAUGGAAGAGAGGAAAAACUGCUGCCGGAAGAUUUGGUUAUUCUUCCGAACAAUUUUUACAACAGUACUAAACUUAUUGCGAAAUCUAAAUUCUAGCACGUAGUUGGUUGAGUCUUUUGUUUGAUAUUUCCUCGAUUUAUUUCUCCCAUUUUACAACAAAUUUGUUUGUUAGAUAGCUUGUUUAUAUAGUAGUGAAUAGAGAAGUUUAUUUAUACAUCUAAAUUGUAGGGUUUGAAUGGUAAGAAAGGAAAGAAAAACGCGCUGGUUAGUUGUUAAAACGCCGCUGGGGAUGCACCCACAGGCAGUAGAGAUUGUGUUUUUUUCUCAUGUAAGUUAUGUAAGAAUAAAUGCGUGAACGGAUUUAUUU